AUGUACGUUUUCCAAUUUAUGGACGAGGUAAAUAUCACCUACAUAACGUUAAAUGGUUAUGUAGAAAUGAAUAGGUUGAAAUAUCUGUAUUUUACUGUGAUGUUGAUGGUUUAUAUUUUAAUAUUCCUCUGUAACGGAACUGUCUUUUAUAUUAUCUGUUUUCACAAAAACCUCCAUGAGCCGAUGUACAUCUUCAUUGCUGCUUUGCUGUUUAACUCUGUUGUUUACAGUACGACUAUUUACCCAAAGCUUUUGAUCGACUUUUUAUCUGAAAAACAGAUCAUAACAUAUUCAUCCUGCAUUAUUCAGUUGUUUAUGUUUUAUUCUGUAGCUGGUACUGAAUUCUUUCUGUUAGCAGUCAUGGCCUUUGACAGAUAUGUGUCAAUAUGUAAACCUCUGAGAUAUCCAACCAUCAUGAGGAAAUCUACGGUGACGUCUCUCCUGGUUCUGGCCUAUUUUGUACCUGCUUGUCACAUUGCAGGAGAAGCGAUACUGAUCAGCAAAGUUCAAUUAUGUCAUUCAGAAUUGGAUGGAAUAUUCUGUAACAAUGGCAUUUUUACUCUUCACUGUGUGAAAUCCAGAGCGCUUACAAUAUUUGGGAUUUUUUCAUUGCUAAAUCUUGCAAUGCUCCCUGUGCUGUUCACAAUAUUUACAUAUACAAAGAUUUUAAUAAUCUCCUAUAAAAGUUCAAAAGCAUUUAGAAGAAAGGCUGCUGAGACGUGUGUGCCGCAUCUGCUGGUUUUAAUCAGCUUCUCCUAUUUGUCUACAUACGACGUGGUCAUAGCUCGAGUGGAAUCAGAUUUUCCAAAACCUGCUCGCUUUGUAAUGACUUUGCAAAUAUUUUUGUAUCAACCUUUGUUUAAUCCAUUUAUAUAUGGCUUAAAAAUGAAGGAAAUCUCUAAACAUUUAAAAAAGUUGCUCUCUUUCUCCACAAUCUAA